AUGAUCGAGUGCCUCUCGCAUCUCGGCCAAGAGUCCACCGAGCAGUCGGGGCAAUGCUUCGAGACCAGUUUGGGCAGCGAGUUGGCAGAGACUUCGGCGCAACUUGGGCCGGAGUUAGCCAUCGCAGACUCACGUGGCGAAGACGAGCAGCUAAUGGAAAUCGAGACCCUGCUCAUGCGUGCCCAGCGCAGAGCAGCCGCCAUCGUGCAUGACAUAUGCAAGGACGCCGACCCCGCCGAGCACGAACGACCAAUGCAAGCUCGAAGCAAGAUGGCCCGCGAAUGGCAUCGCCACGUUUAA